AUGCUCCGCCGCCGCUCCGAACAAACCGGAGGAUGAAUUAUCUCCUGCUGUAACACGCUCUGCGGGGAGGGGUGAUGGCGGGUGCUGAGGUCACUGUGUCUUCAGGGGAACUCAUGACGGUGAAGGAAGAGGAGGGGGAGUACAGUGGCAACAACCAUAAGACUCAAGUCAUCCUGCACCUGCAGCCCAUUCUGCACGGGGUCAAUGAUGACACUGCUGACACUGGCACUACAGUCUUGGCCAUAGAGGCACAUCACGAUAACAGUAAAGCAGAAGGAGAGGAGGUGGAGUAUGGCUACCCCAUCACGUGUGGAGACAGCAGGGCAGUGCUGCUCUUCAAGAAGUUUGUGUGCCCUGGAAUCAACGUCCGAUGUGUCAAAUUCAAUGACCAGCUCAUCAGUCCAAAGCAGUUUGUGCACUUGGCAGGAAAAGCCACUCUGAAGGACUGGAAACGGGCCAUCAGACUGGGAGGGGUUAUGCUCAGGAAAAUGAUGGACUCUGGCCAGAUAGAUUUCUACCAGCACGACACUGUAUGCAGCAACACCUGCCGCAGCACUAAAUUCGAUGUGCUGAUCAACAGCACGCGGCUUCCUCCGGGGACCUCGGUGCAGCCGAGCCUGUCGUGUCUGGCUCUUGACCCUGUUGGAGGACAGGUGCCUCCCUUGACAGGAGAUGCACACAAUGCAGCAGAGCUAGAGGAGUCUUUGGAGGAUAAUUUAAGUGCAGCAGCAGAGUGGCGCACCGGCCCACCGCGGCUUGUGAAGCCCACAACAGCCAAUGGACAUUCUGCCAAAAGAAAGAGGGCCGACAUGCCUGACGGAGUAUUGAGUUUGUGGAAGGGCGUGGCAGACUCUGGGCUGAUGGGAGAGGUGCUGUCCAGCCUCCAGACUGAAUUAUUAACCACUUUUAAAGGAGUGGAGCUUCGCAGCGAGCGAGCCAACCUGCAGGAAACAGACGCCGUCAUACUUAAUUCCUUGUGUGAGAUGUUUGGGCUUUUGGAUUCAGUGAAGCAAGCUCUGGACCUGAGGCGAAGCCAGAAUGAAGAGAACAAAAUCCACAACAGUGUUUAUGUGCUGGAUGAGAUUUUGGAGGACCAGAGGAGGAAGAGUUGCGAUAAAAGCACAAUUUACAAUACGUCGUCGUCAAAACACCUUCGACCUCAACGUCAAAGCCAGUCGAACAGCCAGAACUCGCUGUCCUCCAUCAAAACAAGCACAGUGAUCCAACCUCUCUCUGUUACCGGCUUAUCUGCUGCGUCGUACGCUCAGCUAUUUACCCACUUCUCUGCCUUCACCGGCCAGCAUCACCGCGCCGGAGUUGGCAGGACAGACAGGGACGGCCACGGUGCCACGCUGGAGAGGGAGCAUGAGAUCAGUGAGGCAGGAAACCCGGAGAAGGUUCACCGGCUGGGACAGACAGGCGGCGAGAAGAAAGACACCUCAGGGAUCCACAAAGAGCCUGGACAGAGAGAGACUGUGAAGUUUCGGGAAGACUCUCACAUUAGAAGCGAGGCGGCAGUGGAGACAGAAGGCUUGCAUGACAUUGAAAAGGUGAUUAUAGGGAGAAAGGCAUCAAAGAAACAUAAAAGUAAGUGAGCCAGACGACCCCAGAGGGAUUCAGUGGGACUAAUUGAGAGAAUGUGCCUGAGACUAAAAGGAGACACACAGCGGGGAAACAAUUAAAAAAUAAUAUUACUUUGUCAAACUGUACUUUUCUCUUGUAUGCUCAUAUACAACGAUCAGCCGCAACAUUAAAACCACCUGCAUUACACGGCGCAGGUUCAAGUUGAUGCUGGCAAAACAGCACUAACCUACUGAUGCAUGAACUCAACAGACAUCUGAGGUUUCCUGUGGUAUCAGGAACCAAGAUGUGAUCCUUUAGGUUAUGAGGGGAGGCCUUCCUGACUUGUUUUUACAUCCUCCAAAUGCCAUAUCAGAUUGAAAUUUGGUGAACAUGGAGGCCAAGUCAACAGCUCUUUGUCAUGUUCCUCAAGCCAUUCUUGAAUCAUUUUGCCAUGUGGCAGGAAGCAUUCUGCUGCUGAGAAAAGCCAUCAGGGAAUACCAUGUUGUCUGCGUUGAUGUUUGUAUUUUUAGGCGUCAAAGUAUCCACAUGAAUGCCAGGAUGCAAAUAUUCCCAGAAAAACAUUGUCCGGAGCAUCACACUUCCUCUGCUGGCUUGCGUUCUUCACAUAGUUCAUCCUGCUGCUAUCUCUUCCCCAGGUAAACAACACAGCUAUUUGUCAAACCAGGCCCUUUUAGAUUGCAUGCCCUUUCAGGCUAUCUUAGCAAUGGAUGGGGUUAACACUGGCCCUCUGCAGACACCUUUUAAUUAUAGCCACCAUUAAACUUUUCAGAAAUUUAUGCUACACCAGCUCUCUCUGUGGGAUCCGACCCCACAGGCCAGCCAUCGCUGCCCACAUGCCUCAGUGAGCCCAUGACCCUCUCACUGGAUCACCAGUUGCCCUUCGUUGGACCACAUUUGGUACCACUUUAUACUGGGAACACCCCACAAGACUUGCCUGUUUGGAAACCCUGUCAUCUAACCACCACAAAAUGGCCCUUGUCAAAGUCAGUCAGAUCUUUUUGCUGCCCAUUUUUCCUAUUUUUCCUGCUUCCAACACAUGCACUUUAAGGACUGAGUGUUCCCUUGCUGCCUACGUCCCGCCCCGUGAGAGGUGCAACUCUAACAUGAUAAUCGGUGGUUUUAACGUUGUGGCUGAUCGGUGUUUAUGGAGGAUACGCAGGGGUUAGUGGAGUUGUGGUUGUCGUGGUUCAUGCAGUGGUGCUACAGGCACAGAUAUGCUCUUGUCAGUGAGGUUUUAAAUGACAAAAAGACAAUUUUAAACAUGCUUUUAUAACAUUUCACAAAACACAAUGGAGCUGAAAUGUCUAGUUAACUGAUUCGCUGACUGCCAGAAAGUCAUACUGCGAUUUAUUAUUUUUAAUCACUGAUAAACUGUUUUUUUUU